AGCGGGUUAAAUAAUUUAAUCUUGCUAAUUUUCUAGACUUUAAAAUUGUUAUCGGACUGAAUUAAUCAGAUUCUGGUACCGAUAGUUUUUUUUUUUCGUUCCUAAUUUGCGCAUGCGUAGUGCUGCCUAUGAGGUUUCUACCGUUAAAUUAACGGUCACUCUGUCAACCGUCGGCUCGUUAACGGUUAACGUUAGUAUUUAACGUUACACGGCGGCACGCGGUCAAACUGACCGAAACGAGGCUGGGAACUUUAUUUGUUUACUCUUUGGAACUACAUUUCCCAGUUUCCCGCUGCUGGCUUUGUUUACUCUUUAGAACUACAUUUCCCAGUUUCCCGCGGCUGUCCGGUGAUACGACGUGUCGUAAAAUAAAAAUCAGUAAACCACGGCGAAACCGAGAUGGACCCCUCCGAAGGCGGCUGACAGCUCGUUGAGUCUUUAUCCUCCGUUGUUGUCGGUGAUGUUUAUGUAACGGUCGGGUCCCGGUGUACGGUAACGGUUGUAAAACAUGGAGGCCAUGGAAGACGACAGUUUGGAGCUGAAAGACGACCACAACCACAACAACUACCGCGCGAGCAGCAGUGGGAAAGUCCGCGCGGAUGCAGCCACGGUCCCGCAGCCCGUCUGUGUGCCGGUGCCGGUACCGGUGCCGGUACCGGGAGGAGAACCGGGGAGUCGACGGGGGAAAGUGUGGUCCGGUGGCUCCGGAGGGUCAAAGUUCAUGGACUCGGAUUCAGGUAGUGAGAGCAGCGAAGUGAGCGAGACCGACAGCAGCGCGGCUGCACCGACAGCUGCGGAGGGAAAAUUCACCCUCGAUGCGACUUCUAAGUUCCGUAAGUUCAAUCAGAACCAAGCGAUGGUUUUUUCACUACGCGGAAAAAACUGGCCAAGACCUGGGAAGGCCGAUCGACCCGUCUUGCUGAUCCAGAAUCCCACAGACCACAUCUCGGUUUCUUACGCACAGAUAUGACAGGAACACAGCACCUGAGCCGGGGCACAUUGAGGAUCCUACGUCUACAAGUGCGUUUGUCAGAGCAACUCGGAGCUUCUUUACAAACGUUUGACGGUAAAAAUAAGAAUCAUCUGCAGCAAGGUUUCCACUCAUCUACAACCAUGUCCACCUGAGAACUUCAUCGAGAACUUCAAUGUUGUCGCUACGCGUACACGGCGUCUCUUUCAGUGUAUAGUUCCUGUGUUCAAUGUACUGAACAAGUUCUAUAGCAUCGAGUCCAAGCUUAAACAGAGACCUAGGGAGGAUCUGAUGAAGCUGUUCGCUGAUCACGUCGCAGAGAACCACGUGACACAUCUGAUUUCUCUCCUCAUCGAAGCUCAUUCCAUGCCCUUUCAAGUGAGCCCAUUCUUACAAUGGCAGUGUGGUAAAGGCCUCUACAGCCUCCGACCAGGGAGCUACUCGCUGUUUUGGCCCAGUUGGCCGCCGGCUCUCUUUCCCGGCUUUUUCCCCAAAUCAAACCCUCCGCUGUGGAGUCUUCAGUCUCUGCUGCCCGACUACGCCCGGCUUCACGACCAGAAGUUGCAGCUGGGAGCUCUCCAUGAACGGCAGUUUCCUCGAAGGCCGACCAAGUCUCGAAAACGGCCAGCGCACGGAAGCUCCUUGAUAGCAGGCAGCCGUGCCCGCCGUCGCCGGGAUUCGUUGCAGAACUUGCUUACUGCUGGCGCUCCCGCAAUCUUUUUACCACAAUUAACAAGGGUGUGA